AUGAAUGAAACUGAAGAAUGCAUUCUAGAUGUGGGUAGCGGAUUCUUCAAACGACCUAUUGGCGGAACCUCAAAUAACAAUGGGAAUCCUUACAUCACGGAACUCAAAUACAAAAAGCGAAGAUCUAAGUCCAAAAGGAAUGAUGGAAAAAAUUAUCCUGUGCUACCUCCUUGUAAGUGUACCAAACGUAAGUGUGCAGAGAAAUUUCCUGAACUUGAAAGGAAAGCAGUCAAUGGCAUGUUUUGGGGCCUAGAUGGUUACAAUGAACGUAAACAGUGGAUUCUAGAACAUAUAAAGCGGGCUGAUAUUAAAAGGCGGAUAGCAUCACGUGAAGGGCCUCCUCGAAAGCUAGAGAGUCGUUGGUACUAUCUGCCUGAUGGUAAAGGCAAUUUGGUUGAUGUUUGUAAGGCAUUUUUCCUGCGAACUCUCGGCUAUAAAUGGGACAGUGUCAUUGACACUAUCGGCAAGACAACACCCAAGGGAGACAAACAUGUUGUCCCAGACAGACGGGGAAGAAAACCCCCGCCACACAAAAUUUCUGAAGAGGCAGUGAGCUCGAUGACACUAUACAUAGAAUCUGCUUGUCAGACUUACCAGCCUUUGUACCAGCAAAAGAACCUUGGCCACAAGGGAGGCAGCAAGACAACUACUGUCAGUUUAAUUCCUUAUGGUCUAACUAUGAAGCAACUAUUUGAAGAUUACAAAUCUAAACAUCCCAACCAUACAUUUGGCUACGAGAGCUUUAGAAAGGUUUUCAAGCGCGUUCAUGCCUCGAUAGUGGCCAACCUUCCACCUAACCUAGAAACUGAAGAAGAAUCAGAGCCAGUGUUUUCUUCUGCAUCAAGAUCUUUUGAGCUUAAUUACUUAGCACCAGCCAACAUUGAAACAAGGCAAGAUUGCCAUAAGGAACCAACUCAUUCUGUAGCAAACACCCAGCCAUUUCCAAGCUUGAAUCAAUAUGCACCAUCACCACCACUUCCUCAGCCUCAACAACAACCCAUGUCAAUUAAUAACCCAAGUGAGAGAAAAAGUUGUCUAUACCAGUAUGCCAUCUUACCGCUGGAAGCCCAACAACAAGGCUUUCAAAUGCCAGAAAAUGGACCGGAGUCACUUCGAUACAACACAACUGAACAGGAUACAUUUUUAAAAUAUAAACACAGCAUUUAUGGUCCACAAGCCAACAUGGCGGUCCAACCAAGUCAUUUUCCUCAAAUGUCAGAGCCAGUGGGUUACCCGGUAAACAAUAACCCAUGUCCAGACGUUGUUGAUCCUGUUACAAAUGGGGCUCAUAAUCAAUUUCCUUCUUACUUCAUUCCCAACCCUGAACCCUUACGACGUCAGGCCUAUCACCAAAUGGCAUCUCAGUAUCAAACUAUUCUUCAUCACAUAGCAGAGUCCAGCAGAUUUUUUAAUUAUGGCAGCUUCCCACCAGCAGAGGCUACAUGUCAGGCAGCACAGGAGAAACCAUAUCACUUCAGCAACCGACCAGAAUACCCAAGAGACAACAUUAUCCCUUACAACCCAUCAAAGCAUUCCCAGAACUACGAAGCUCCAUCAAUGCCUGUAUCUUACAGUCUUAACUGCAAUCUUCCCCACACUAGCAGUCAGUCCCAUGUCCCCAAUAUGGUUCUGUCUCCAUACUCUGAUGAAAAUGACAACAGCUUUCUGAAUGAC